AUGUCCGAGAUAUCAAAGUUCCGCAAUCUGUCUCUCACCAGAAAUGGUAAUGUUUUUGUCAUUACUAUGCAGAAAGCACCCGAAAACAGACUAUGUUCAUGGUAUUGUCAGGAAAUCAUCAGGGCGUUUCACACUGUGCAACGCAUUCUCGGGCCUGACGCUGAAGGUGCCAUAAUCACAAGGGGGAACGAUGCCAAAUUCUGGUGCACGGGACUUGAACUCGAUGAAGGGGAUACCAAUCCUUUUGCCAACACUGAUGGCUUCUAUCCGAUGCUGCACACAAUUCUCGACUUCCCGUAUCCCACAAUCGCUCUACUCACUGGUCACACUUUCGGAGGUGCCUGCCCUUUCGCCCUGAGCCAUGAUUACCGAAUUAUGAAUUCUUCCCGUGGCUUCAUAUCCAUGCCGCCUGUGAAUCUAGGCCUUCAUUUUGACGGCAUCGGUUCUCUUCCUCGCCUUAAACUUGCUCCACAAGUUGCCCGCAAAAUGUUACUUGAGGCUCACAAGUGGACAGGAAAGGAAGCUCUUGCGGAUGGUAUUGUUGAUGCCAUUGCUGAUCCGGAACGAAUGAUGGAUGUUGCAAUGGAGCUCGCGGAGAAGUGGGCUCCGAAGGCAAAAAUGGGUGUGUAUGGUGUUCUACGCACUGAACUUUGGGGGGAUGCUAUUGAGAAGUUUCAAAGGAUCAGCUAUGUGCAUAGUCGAGAAACGAGUAGGGCAGCUAAGGUCAAGAUAUGA